ACUCGUGCCGGACGUUGUCAGAUCUUAGGUCAGACCAUCAAGCUGACACAGCAGAUGCAUUUUCAUAUAAAAGCUUUUGCAAGCUAGAAAGCAUUCACUCCACAUUUGAAUCUAACCGAUAUGAUGUGGUCUCCUUUGGUACUUUUGCUCCUUGCUGGAGCUGUGACAGCCGACCAGCACUAUGGCUGGAAAAGCGGAAGUGAAUAUCAAUAUAACGUCCAAGGACGUACACUUGCUGCCCUGCAUCAAGUGGCGGAUCAGUAUGCCGGUAUUUCGAUGAAAGCCCGAUUGACCAUUCAGCCUAAAGAUGACAACACACUAAAGGCGAGAAUUUCGAAGGCCCGCUAUGCGCAGAUUCAUACGCAACUUCCUGGAGGAUGGGAUUCCCAGAUUCCGGAGAAGACACUGGAUUACCAGGAGUUCCCGAUAUCCAGCAAGCCUUUCGAAAUUAAAAUGAAGAAUGGUGUGGUCGACGAUCUCAUUGUCAACAAAGACGUCCCCACUUGGGAAGUGAACGUGCUUAAGAGUAUCGUAAGCCAACUUCAAGUCGAUACUCAGGGCGAGAACUUGAUCAAGUCCAGAUACAAUCAGGAACCUGAAGAGGAUCAGCCUAAUGCCGUAUUCAAAACUAUGGAGGAUUCCGUUAGUGGUGAAUGUGAAGUACUCUACGAUAUUUCUCGUCUGCCAGAAUUCAUCUUGCAAAGUAAACCUGAGCUGGUACCGAUUCCCAAUCUUCGUGGUGACGGUGAUAUCAUUGAUAUUGUCAAGACCAAGAACUACAGCAACUGCGAUCAACGUAUGGGAUAUCAUUUUGGUAUUUCUGGAAUGACAGACUGGGAACCCGGCACUAACGAUAACGGAAGAUUCCUUGCUAAAUCAUCUGUGAGCCGUAUCAUCGUCUCUGGUAGUUUGAAACGUUUCACGAUUCAAUCUUCAGUUACGACCAACAAAGUCAUCCUGAGCCCUCAUUUGCAUGACAGUCAAAAUGGAAUGGUCGUGAGUCGUGUGAACUUGACAUUGGAAGAUGUUCAGUCUGUAUCUGAUGCUUUACCAUCACCAUCAAAUGGUGAAUCUACUGGAAAUCUGGUCUACAGUUUCAACAAUGCUUUUUCGGGAAAUGAGAAACGUCGUCCUAACUACAAUAAUGACGACAGCUCAUCCAGUUCUUCAAGUUCCUCCAGCUCUGACUCUGAUAGCAGCUCAAGUUCCAGUUCCAGCAGUUCCAGCGAGGAAGAUCGCAAGCGUGGAAAUAAUAGACGCGCACCUCGUGCUGCACCUUCCCAUGCGAGGGAUUCCAGCUCCAGCUCCAGCUCCAGCUCCAGCUCCAGCUCCAGCUCUAGCUCUAGUUCCAUCUCUAGCAGCGAAGAAGAAUACUUACAACCAAGACCAACGUUGAACGAAGCACCUGAAACUCCCUUUAUGCCAUUCUUCAUUGGUUACAAAGGAAGCGCUGUACAACAGUCUAAAGAAGUGGACCCCGUUAAACAAGUCAAGUCCCUCGCUUCUCAGAUUGGCAAAGACUUGCAAAACCCAAGCUCAAUCCCUAAACAACAGACCCUAGAAAAGUUCAGCAUCCUGACCAGCCUGGUCCGUACCAUGAACACGAGACAGAUCGCUGAAGCUCAGCAAGGAUUAUACAAAUCUGCAUCCGAUGUUAACCCCGAUAGUGAAAGCGAUAGUAUUCGUCGCAAUAGCUGGGUUGCAUUGCGCGAUGCUGUUGCUGAAGCAGGAACAGGACCUGCCCUCAUGUCAAUCAAGGCUUGGAUUGAGACCGGAAAGGUUCAGGGUGCCGAGGCAGCUGAAGUCGUUACUACGAUCGCCAGGAGUGCUCGUACACCUACGCCAGAAUACAUGGAUGCCCUAUUCUCCUUGAUAACGAAGUCUGAAGUUCAGAAACAACAGUACCUGAAUUCGUCAGCCAUUCUUGCUUUUACCGAUCUCAUCCGCGACGCUCAAGUGAGCAACCAAUCUGCUCAUAAUCGCUACCCGGUACAUGCAUUUGGACGCUUCUCACCAAAGAGUAAUCCAGCAGCACGCGACAAAUACAUUCCAUACAUGGCGGAUCAGUUGAAGAAUGCUAUCAAAAACGGCGACAGCCCAAAGAUCCAGUUGUUCGUUCGUGCACUGGGAAACAUUGCUCACCCAAAAAUCCUUUCAGUUUUCGAACCUUAUCUUGAAGGCGAGAAGGAAGUUUCUACUUUCCAACGUCUUCAGAUGGUCGUAUCCAUGGAUAAACUAGCCAACCUUUAUCCAAAAUUGGCACGUUCCGUUUUGUACAAGAUUUAUCAGAACACUGGAGAUGCACACCAGGUCCGUUGCGCUGCUGUAUUCCAAUUGAUGAAGACGAACCCCCCAGCUGCUCUUCUUCAGCGAAUGGCUGAAUUUACUAACUUCGAUCACAGCAAGCAUGUCAAUGGCGCCGUGAAGGCCGCCAUUGAAAGUGCUGCCGAACUAGAGAAUUACGACCAAAGGGAACUCGCACAUAACGCACGUGCAGCUAAGGACUUGCUGAACUCUGAGACUUACGGAUUCCAGUAUUCUCAGAAUUACCUCAGGGACUACGCUAUUCAGGAAAUGAACCUUGCCUACAAACUAGCCGCUAGUUAUAUCGGAAGUGAAGACGGUAUCAUUCCUAGAGCUGCUUUUGCUAGCUUCAAAGCUAAUUAUGGAGGAUACAAUGCACCAGCAUCCCAGUUCAAUGCCAUGGUAUCUAGUAUCGAAGAUCUUGCUACGGUAUUUAAAGAUCAAUUCGUUCAGGAUAACGAUGAGAGCUAUGAAAGAGGAAAUGCCCGUAAAGGAAGUAGGAAGCACGGACAUGGAAAAUCAGGAAAUCAAUGGACAGCCAGCAGCAUCGCUAAAAUGCUGAACAUUGAAGCAGAAGAUGCAGAACAACUAGAAGGAAAUUUCUUCAUUAACUCGAACUCUGCCAGUCGCUUCUUCGCCUUUGAUAAUCACACCAUUGAACAAAUUCCCCAUCUCUUGAAGAAGGCUGCUCAGGCCCUGAAACAGGGUGAAAGUUUCAAUCUGACAAAAUUGCAUAGCACUGAAAUUACCCUUGGCUUCCCCACGGCAAUGGGUCUUCCAUUCGUCUACAGCUUGAAGAUGCCGUCUCUAUUGAAGAUCGGCGGUGAAGCUCAAGUUCGAUCCCAACCCGAUCUUGCCAGUGGAUCAUCUGAUGAGAUCAAUCUCCCAUCAACCGUCAAUGCAACAACUGAUAUCCAUAUCGUCUACUCGGCUCAACUUCAGGGCAGACUUGGAUUCGUCGCUCCAUUCGAACAUCAGACUUACGUUGCUGGAGUCCAGAAGAAUUUGCAAGUGAACUUGCCAAUUCGUGCACGUGUCGAUUACGACGCUGAGAACCAGAACGUUCGCGUGAAACUUCAGCCAAUCGAGCAAAACAAGAACUACAGGCUUUUGCAUUACAGUACAUUGCCUUACACUGCCAAGCACAAUAUUCUUGAGCUGAUUCCAGUCACUUCUGGCAACAAUGCACAUCUAGUCCAAAGACGCAAGCCGCAAUCGCAAGAAGUCGUUGCUGGUGCAAAGACAACCGGUGUAUCAUUCCGCCUUGAAGCUGAAGCUGAUGAAAAUCCUCUCCAGCAAUUGUACUCCUGGUCAGCCAAUAAGUUCGCACAACACGACGCCAUUUCUGCCGUUGCUUUCCCAUGGUCUCAACAGAACAUUCAUUACAAUAACUAUAAUCUCUACCUGGACCCCAGUGGAAGCACUGCCAACUCUGCUGUUAUAACAGCUUCCUGGGACACUCUAUCGGAAGAUUCUAAAGAGGGUUCAUCCAGCAAAUCUUCUCCUAAGGCUCACGCUCCACAACCUUCAAGUCAUAAACCUUCCAGUCAAAGUAGACAGAACGAACUUCUUCAGAAGGCUGCUGAAGGUAUCCAUGAUGCCGAUGCUGCCGUUCUCAAUCUAGGAGUUGAAUUCCCAGGCCACAAUAAUGCUCAGUUUGCGGUGACUGCCGCACGUGCUAGUAGCAAUGUUGAUGAUCUGCAGAGGAUUGUCUUUUACGCUUUUGCCAAGCCUGCCGAACAAGAGAAAAGAGAAUUGUGCAUUGCUGCUGAAGCUAGUGCACCCAAUGUACCGGAACUUAAUUACAAUGCUGCAUUGAAGGCUAAUCCAAAUACCGAAUUCGACGUGGACAUUCGUUUUGGCGAAGAUUGCAAAUCUGGUGCAUCUGUAAAUGUCCAAGGAAAAUUGAAGCAAAGCAGGGACCGCAAGGAAUACCUUGAAAACGAACCUCUUGCUAAGAAGUGCCAACAACAGAUGGAACGUGGCUUCCAAGCUUCCCCAGGUUGCCAGAAUAUGACCAUUCGUGCCAACAUUAUGGAUCAGGGUCGUCUUAGUCUUAAAUUCAAUGGCGUCUCGAACGAAUUGAAGAAUUUGACUAUGAAAGUUUUGAGACACGCUCAAGCUAUGGCUUUCCCAUAUGCCUAUGAGAACAUGGUUAAUCCUCAGGAACAACAGGCGAACAAAAUCGACAUUGCUUUCAACAUCGAACCCGACUUUACAAGUGCUAAUUUGUCUAUCAACGCACCUAACAUGGAUGCUAACUUUACAAAUGUGGAACUUAAUAAGUGGGUUGUCCCCAUUGUUGCUGCUCAUCCAGUGAUGUCUGUUGCUGAAAGAUUAGGACAUAAGGCUUUCGUGGGACAAUAUGCUCCUACUUGCGCUCUUGACGACAAUUACGUCAAUACAUUUGACAAUACCACAUACCCAGUGGAGCUUGGAAAUUGCUGGCACGUUGUCAUGACCUCUUACCCCAAGGAAGAUCCUGAUAAUCACAAUGGUGAACUCGAUAUUCCUGAUGAUAUGCAAGUAAGCAUCCUCAGUCGCGAAAUUGGCAGCAACCAGAAGGAAAUCAAGAUUGUUCUCGGAGAAGAUGAAGUUCAUCUGUCACCAUCUGGUUCUUCCAAAUCUUCUCGCUCUUCUGGUUCUUCCGGUUCCAGUCGUGGACAAGUAGAGGUUAAUGGAAACAGCAUCAAGUUCUCCCAACAUAACAGCUAUCAGCACAAUCAUCAGAAUGACGAUGAUAAUGAAAACGUCUUCCAAAUUUAUGAACUUCCCGACGGUUCCGUCAAGUUUACUUCAGAAAAAUAUGAUAUCGACGCAACGUACGAUGGUGCUCGCAUCUUGAUCCAGGCAUCCAACAAAUACCGCGAUUCCAUCCGUGGUCUUUGCGGUACCUUUGAUGGCGAACCAGCAACGGACUUCACUACACCACAGAACUGCGUUCUGAAGAAGCCUGAAGAAUUUACAGCAACCUACGCUCUGGUCAAUGGAGAGCAAUGCGAAGGACCAGCUCGUGAGAAUGCUGAGCGUGCUCGUCAAGCUCAUUGCUCUACGCAGGUAAUCCUGUAUGGAAACGUAGUGAGCGACCAGGAAGCAGGCCGCCCCAGGAAGGAGAACAACAAUUGGGGCAAUAGCCAUUACUGGAAUCGUAGCAACAAGGGUCAGAACAAGAAGGAACAUGGAAAGAACAGUCAUGGUUCUUCAUCCUCUAACUCAGAUCGCCAAAAUCAACGCCAUUCAGGCAAGUCCUGCCAGACUCAUCGUACCUUGGUGAUCGAAGAGGAUCAUCAGAUCUGCUUCUCCCUGAGACCAGUUCCCACUUGCGCUUCCGGUUGCCAAGCUCAUCAGGAAAAGAGAAAGAACGUCUCUUUCCACUGCGUCCCAAAUAGUGGUGCUGCUCAAAAUAUGGCUGAACGCAUCCGCAAGGGAGCCAACCCUGACUUCAGUCAAAAGUCAGUCUCUAAGAAUAUGGAAAUGACUGUGUCUCUUACCUGCCGUGCAUAAACUGAACUUAUCCUUUUAAAUGAUACCCGACGACUAUCGCUGCGUCCCAUGGAUAAAUGACUUCUUUUAAAAAAAUUGUAAAUUAAUAUUGUAGUGCUGUGACACUAUGCAAUAAAUUUCAUAGCUUCAAUGGA